AUGCUUGACCAAGAAUCUCGCUCUCUAUCCCAGUCAUCGCCGUCUCAGUCAGAGGAAGAUGACGAAGCAUCCAUGCUACUCGAACCCGAACCACAGGGUGCAUCCUCUAAUCUACCUCUUCAGAGUGCGAUUUCGUCUUCGUCUUCAGGCAUAUCUACCAAUGAAAUUUCCAAAACCAGCAUAGCUGCGACCUCAGACACCCCUGUCCCUCAGGAAAGGGAAACCCAAACAGUCCUACCAACGCAGCCGACCCCGACACCCACGAGCCAGCUGGUUCACGCUGUUGAGAAUCGAAAAGUAUCAGCUGUGAGACAGAAAGAAUUCGCCUGCGGCUGCUGUGCCGAAGAAGACGUUUCUCUAGAAUCCGCACAAGCAGACGACUUGGGGCGUCAUAUGGAUGACACGCAUCACUCAUUGGCUGGUCCCAGCUAUAUGAACUUAUCCACCGGCGCCUAUCAGCAGCAGCAGCCCUUUGGCUACGACCAUCCAAUGCAAUACAUGUUCAAUACGGGGACCAUGCAGCCCCAACAGCAGCAACAUAAUGUAGCCGAUUGGUCGGAUCCAAUGCAGUGGACCAACUUUGAUGGUGAAGACAACAAACGUUUGAUGUAG